UAGUUCUAAGCGUCGCGCGCGCUUACUUCGUGUAUUUCGCGCCUCCUGCCGCCAGAGGGCGUUGUCCUGAGCGGACGCGGCUGGUUUAUGAAGCUGAAGGUGAUGGGAUCUCGGCUCCCUCCCGCGGCUCUCUCUCUCCGACAGUUCCUGGUCAGACAGCAGGUGCUGGGACUGUACAGGAGAAUACUGAGAGCCGUGCGACAGAUCCCCGACGUUGCAGAUCAACGUUACAUGCAGGAAUGGGCCAGGGAGGAGUUCAGGAGGAAUAAAGGGGCCUCGGAGGAGAUUGCCAUCCGCAUGAUGAUCACUCAAGGACAGAGGCAGCUGCAGGAAUUAGAGCGGGCCCUCCAGCUAGCCAAAUCCUAGCCCCAAGGUGGCAACCAAUGAGAUUGGACGUGAGUCAGCAGUUUCACCAUUGGCUGCUGCUGAAGGGAGUGCAGCUCCAUGUAUAGCUGCAUUGUUAUUGGUUGGCCGGUCCACAGCUGGAGGAUACAUUAGACAAGAGCAAGCUGAGGGGGGAGGCGGCAAAGAAACACGGGCCCUUUUUUCUGAUUGUGGCCCUCCAGCAACAUCCAAUCAUAUCAAUGUCCUGUAAAUACACUCAGCACCUCCAUACGCCUCUAUUUAUUGCUAAUAAAAUCAACAUAUUCUA